AUGAAUCCCGUGUGCAAUAACAAAUUAUCCAUAGCUGCGGCUGAGGAAUGUAAAAAUGAAGAAAUGGACCGGGAGUAUUACAGUUGUAUAAAGAACUGUGCCAAUGAUUUGCAGAAUUUGUCUUUAAAUUUUUUUCCCUCAAUAAAUACGUACACGUGCAUUCCCAAAAUAAAUGCGAUCAAUUCGAUAACGUUUCACCCAUGCAUUUCUAGCGAAGAUUAUUUCAACAACACGUACUCGUUCAAGCCAUUGUUCACGCACCAUUUCUUUAGUGACAGCGAACAGGUUAUCGGGUUCGACAGUCUCCAAAUAGAUUUCUACUACACAUGUGAUAGUUACGAUGUAUUUAUGAAGAUAAAUGGGUCCAUAUGUGAUCAGUAUGAAAAUUCAAACUACAUCAUGCUGAUGCUUUUGCAAAAUUUAUACAUUACGACUCCGUACCCAGGUGGGUUCAUCGAGACGGAGGAGGAGUUCCUAAAAAUUCUUAGAAGAAACGAAUCGACAGAGCGAAAUGAACAGGAAACCACAGGAAAAGAAAAGACCAAAGCGACCAGCAUCAACGAAAGUGAUGAAUUAGAACAAGAAAAAAUUUACAAACCUCCCGGUUUUAUCAUUUACGAAAAAAAACUAUGUGAUGAUAUUUAUUUGCAAAUAAGGAAGUGUGGGUUCUCUUCGAAUUAUUUUAAAUUGGAUAAUAUCAACUACAUGGGCGGUGAAGAUGACGAUACGGAGGAAGCUGAGGAAGAUGAUUAUGAGAACGAUGUGGUUGUAUAUCAAAAGGGCUUCACAGAUACGGUUCGAAAUGAAAAUAUUGACGGAGUGAAAAAUGAGACCAGUACCAAAGGAGGAGAAAUUAACAACACGUACGUAGACGCCAAUGAUAAUAAUAACAUAAAGGAGGAAUUUACAAAUGAUCCAUGUGAGGAUGAAAGAAAGGGUGAAGGGAACGAGGCUGACACGCCAAAAUACAUAACGAAUGAUGACAACUGUGUAAGUAGCACCAUAUCCAACGAAUUAAACAAAGAAAGGACCAGGAUUAAGAGCGACCCGAACACUUCCUUCGUUGAUUCCUGCAGAGUAAGUAACGAGGAAUCUACAUCUAACAAGGAAAUGAUAAAAAAAGAAAAGAAGGAAAACGACGUUCCCCAAGUAGGUACUGAAAUUGAUGGCUUUGGUUGUGAUGAUCAAAAAUCCCCCGUUGAGUCGAAGAAGGGAAAGAAGAACCUCACGAAAUAUGUUACGGAGAGGGACAUGUCUAAACUUUAUCGACAUUACUUGCGCAUCGUGAGGGCCAAGAAGAGAAAAAACCUCAUCGCAAAGGUUGACACUCAGAACGAGAAGACCUCCCCAAAGAAAAAAUUGGACAAGCAAAAAACUUCAGGAGGAUCUGCGCAGGGAGGCGUUGGUGUAACUGCGACUGUGUCAUCGGGGCCGCAGGUAAAGGAGGAUGAGCAGGGGAGAGAACCGAAUCAGCCAAGUGUAACUACCCAGAUGAGCGCGACUACCGAAUCGACAGCGGUUCUGGAUUUGAGUUCUCCAAAGAAGGGAACUUCAGUGAAGGGAGAAAUUUCUCCGAACCAGUCAAUAUCACCAAAGAAGGAUGGUUCUCCAAACGAACCAUUGGAUUCCUCUAUGCCGAACCAACUUAAUGAGAAAGAAACGAACAAAAGGAAGAAAAAAAACGUUAGAGAAGAACUCGUUUGGGCCAAGUACGAUUACACAGUUAAGAACAACUUUGAGUUGCUCCAUAGAAAAGUGGAGUGGUUUUACCACUGGUUUAUAGAAAGCGCCUCUAACAUUGAGUACGACUACAGGUGGAGCGUCAUACUACCAUACAUAGUGUUUAAGCAUGGUGAGAAGAAAAAGUUUACAGAAAAUAAAUUCAUCGAGAAUUUAAAUGUGCAGCUACUUAACAACCGAAGAACUAAUGUUAACGUCAUUCCCAGUAUAAAGUUGGACCCUGUAUCCUCCCCCCCAAGUACUGCAAUGAAUAACAAGGAAGUGCCUCUCCCCAAGGGGACCGAAGUAGAAGAUGGAAUCUUGAAGAAGCACAAACGAGGAGCAGCAAGUUCAAUGAAAGAAAAGAAGGAUGUUAAGAAAAGGAAGAAGGGUCAGGGAGGAGAAAACGCUGGUGAAGGAAACGCAGAGGAGGAGAUAGACCAGCGUGACGAGAACCAUGAGCAUGUCGGGCAAUGUGAAAGUGAAGAGAUAAAUGAUGAGCAGAAGGGGAAGGAGAAAGACAAAAUAAUGGUGAAAAAGGAAAGUGAGGAUAAUAAGAAGCAGAUAAAAAACACAAAGGAUAAUAGUAAAGGAGAGCAAAUUCAAGUGAAUUACAACAGUGAACAAAUGGAAUCAACGUUUGAUACAAAUGAGUACGUGCUCACCAGCGAGAUCGUUAUUAAAGCGAUUGAGAAUACGUUGAAGGAUGUACGAGGUAAGGAUGAAGAGGAGUAUUAUUCAUUCCACAAAAAUUACGAUGUCAUUUAUUUAUACUCCGAUUUGGAGAAAGGCGAAGGGGAAGCAUCGAAUGUUGCGAGGGAUGGAACGCCCUGUGGGGUAGUAGACAAUGUGCCAGCGGUACCAGAUGUGAAGGGUGAAAAGAAGACGAAGGGGAAAAAAGGAUUAGGCACAGGAAGGAGAAAGGGAAUACAGCAGAAGGAAGAAGAAAUAGUGAAAGACAUUACAAAUGAUCAAGAGAAAGGAAAAAAAUAUAACAAAAAUAAAUAUAAAAGUAAGGGAAAAAAUGAAAAAAAGAGUGAAGAAAAAAUGGAAGGAAAAAAUAGGAAUGAAAAAAAAAGUUUAUACUAUUUUUAUCUCUUCGGAUUGGCAACGACCUACACGUUCUUUACGUUUCAAUUUGACCGGAACAGAAUUUCACAAUUUUUAAUUUUUCCACCGAUGCAAAGCAAAGGAUUGGGAAUGAAGGUUCUAGAAAAAAUUUACCACUUAUCUAUAGUAAAUUCAAACGUGAAGGAAAUUACUGUAGAGGAUCCAGCGGUGUCAUUCACCCAGCUGAGGGAUAUCAUCACCAUUAAGAUGUGUAUCGACUUGAGGAUUCUGAGCCCCACCAUCCUCUACCCAAGUGAUUAUUUAAAGACAAAAAAUAUCGACAAGGAAUAUGUUGAGUUGGAUAAAAAGAAGUUUAUGAAGGUAUGCAAAGAGACACAUAAACAGAUUACUAGAAUGGUUGAGACUUUGUUAUUGGCGGGUGUUUUACCACACCCUGCUCCUUGCUAUGCCGAUACUGGAGAAGAUAAAGUUACGGGCAUUAGGAAGAAGGAGAAGAAAAAUGAAGGCCCUGUGUGCCUGAAUUCGAUGGAGCAUUUCGAGUCAUCUGAUUUGUGCAAAGAUGUCCGCAUCAAGAUUAAGAAACGCAUUAAAAAUGAUUACAUCGGGAAUUUGAUAAAUAAAAAUAUGAACUGCAUGGCCAGCGAUGUGUUCCAGGAUUAUGUGAAAGAGGAGCUUUACAAGCUUUGGAGAAAGCAGUGCAAGGUAUAUUACAGGACGAUUAAAAAAUUGAGGUCCCUCUAUCCAUUGUAA